AUGGUGAAGUUCACGUUCGAGGAUUUGCGCGCGAUCAUGGACAAGAAGAACAACAUUCGUAACAUGUCCGUGAUUGCGCACGUGGACCACGGCAAGUCGACUCUCACCGACUCGCUCGUGGCUGCUGCUGGUAUCAUCGCGCAGGAGACUGCCGGUGACGUUCGUCUAACAGAUACCCGCGCCGAUGAGGCCGAGCGCGGUAUCACCAUCAAGUCUACUGGCAUUUCGCUCUACUACCAGAUGACCGAGGAGGAGCUGGAGGGUCUGGAAGGCGUCAGGGACGGCAACGAGUACCUGAUCAACCUGAUUGAUUCGCCCGGCCACGUUGACUUCUCGUCCGAGGUCACUGCUGCUCUUCGUAUCACCGACGGCGCGCUCGUCGUCGUGGAUUGCAUCGAGGGUGUGUGCGUGCAGACCGAGACCGUGCUGCGCCAGGCCCUUGGUGAGCGUAUUCGGCCAGUCCUGACCGUGAACAAGAUGGAUCGCUGCUUCCUGGAGCUGCAGCUCGACGGCGAGGAGGCCUACCAGACGUUCCGUCGUGUGAUUGAGAACAUCAACGUCAUCAUGGCCACGUACGAGGACAAGCUGCUCGGCGAUGUCAUGGUGGCGCCCGAGAAGGGUACCGUGGCGUUCUCCGCGGGGCUGCACGGGUGGGCGUUCACGCUGACCAACUUCGCCAAGAUGUACGCUGAGAAGUUCAAGGUGGACCGCGCGAAGAUGAUGGAGCGCCUGUGGGGUGAGAACUUCUUCGAUACCGCCACCAAGAAGUGGACCACCAAGAACACCGGCUCGCCCACUUGCUCUCGUGGUUUCGUCCAGUUCUGCUACAACCCCAUCAAGCAGGUUAUCUCGGCGGCGAUGAACGACGAGAAGGCGAAGCUGUUCCCCAUGCUGGAGAAGCUCAAGGCCGUGCUGCCCAGCGACGCCAAGGAGCUGUCCGGCAAGCCGCUCAUGAAGCGUACCAUGCAGGCGUGGCUGCCCGCCCAGGCGGCGCUGCUGGAGAUGAUGAUCUUCCACUUGCCGUCCCCCGCCAAGGCGCAGAGGUACCGUGUGGAGAACCUGUACGAGGGUCCCCUGGACGACCAGUACGCCAAUGCCAUCCGCAACUGCGACCCCGAGGGUCCGCUCAUGCUCUACGUGUCUAAGAUGAUUCCCGCCUCCGACAAGGGUCGCUUCUUUGCGUUCGGGCGUGUGUUCGCCGGUAAGGUGGCGACGGGCAUGAAGGUGCGCAUCAUGGGCCCCAACUACGUGCCCGGCAGCAAGAAGGACCUGUACGUCAAGUCCGUGCAGCGUACCGUCGUGUGGAUGGGACGCAAGCAGGAGUCGGUGGAGGACGUGCCCUGCGGUAACACGGUGGCCAUGGUGGGGCUGGACCAGUUCAUCACCAAGAACGCCACGCUCACAGGCGAGAAGGAGGUGGACGCGCACCCCAUCAAGGCCAUGAAGUUCUCGGUGUCGCCCGUUGUGCGUGUGGCCGUGCAGUGCAAGGUGGCGUCCGACCUGCCCAAGCUGGUGGAGGGGCUGAAGCGCCUGAGCAAAAGUGACCCCAUGGUGGUGUGCAGCAUUGAGGAGAGCGGCGAGCACAUUGUGGCCGGCGCUGGCGAGCUUCAUCUCGAGAUUUGCCUCAAGGAUCUCCAGGAUGACUUCAUGGGAGGAGCUGAGAUCAUCAUCUCGGACCCUGUGGUGUCCUUCCGCGAGACUGUGCUGGACCAAAGUGAGCGCACCGUCAUGGCCAAGUCGCCCAACAAGCACAACAGGCUCUACUUCCAGGCCAGGCCUCUGGAGGACGGUCUCGCUGAGGCCAUCGACGAUGGCCGCAUAGGCCCCCGCGACGACCCCAAGGGCCGUGUUGAGAUCCUCACCAAGGAGUUCGGGUGGGACAAGGAAAUUGCGCGCAAGAUUUGGUGCUUUGGGCCUGACACCCUGGGGCCUAACAUCAUUGUGGACAUGUGUAAGGGAGUGCAGUACCUGUCUGAAAUCAGGGAGCAUGUGGUGGCUGGUUUCCAGUGGGCCAGCAAGGAGGGUGCUCUGGCGGAGGAGAACAUGCGUGGCAUUGCGUUCGAGCUGUACGACGUGGUGCUGCACACUGACGCCAUCCAUCGCGGUGGUGGCCAGCUCAUCCCCACUGCCCGCCGUGUGUUCUACGCCGCGCAGCUCACUGCCAAGCCGCGCCUGCUGGAGCCCGUGUACCUGGUGGAGAUCCAGGCGCCCGAGGGUGCUCUCGGUGGUAUCUACUCCACGCUGAACCAGAAGCGUGGGCAGGUGUUUGAGGAGAUGCAGAGGCCGGGUACGCCCCUGUACAACAUCAAGGCGCAUCUGCCUGUCAUUGAGAGCUUUGGCUUCUCUGCUCAGCUGCGUGCUGCCACGUCUGGGCAAGCGUUCCCGCAGUGUGUGUUUGACCACUGGGAGAUGCUCAUGUCGGAUCCCCUGGAGCCUGGCACCCAGUCGUUCAAGAUUGUGGAGGAUAUCCGUAAGCGCAAGGGCAUCAAGCUUCAGCCUCCUCCCCUCUCCGAGUGGGAGGACAAGCUGUAA